UGUCGACUUUUUUUGUUACAAAGAAAAUCGAAGGAAAAAUGGCUCGUUUGACGGUCUCUUUUGGUCUGAUGUUUAUUUUGAGCUGCGGGACAAUUUGUUCCUCUGCUCUUACCCCAUUUUCCUUGGAAGACAAACUGCAAGAAUUGGAAGUGAGACUUGUAGAAAAGGUGACGCAACUGGAGGCGCAACUUGAACUAAAUAAUGAACUAAGACAAGAUUUGACAUUGAAAGUCAUACAAUUAGAGGCAAAAAAUGUCCAAUUGGAAGUCAAAAUUGGAAAACUGGAGGCCAAAGUGGAACAACAAGAUUCGCUUUUAACUUCCCUUUUACGAGAGAAAAAUGAACGCACAGCAGCAGCAACCGACUCUGUUCCAAUUAGCAAUAAUCCAUCAGCUGUUGCCAUCAACGGACUGCCGUCUUCGUGCGAGGAUCUCAAGAUGAUUGGCCACGCCCUGAACGGAUUUUAUUCCGUCAUGGGAUCGGCGAAAAUGGAAUCCGUUUACUGCGAUUUCACUAAACCCCCUGGCGAUGCGGGUUUUGAGAAAUGGAUCGGAUACGCCGACGUAAAAUCGGCGCCCGUCUAUUUCUACGUCCAGAGAAAUUCUGGAUUUACCUCAGGUGGAACUCCGAUUCCGUUCGAUGUGGCGCGGGUGAACGAGGGAAACGCCAUGGAUUUAACAUCGGGAAUAUUCACGGCACCGCGGCCGGGAAUUUAUUUUUUCUCUUUCGCAGGAGUGGCGUAUCUUAUAGAUCCAAUUUUUGUUGGGUUUUGGUCUAAUAUUUAUUUGAAUGGGAAUCGAAUCGGGACGAGCUAUGUUGGAGAUAAUUACGGCCCCGCUGAACAAUGGAGUCCGUUGAGCCUCCAGUCGACCCUGAACUUGAAAAAAGGCGAUCAACUUUGGGUGACGAUUGGUUAUUAUGGUUCAUCCCAGUCUUUGGCUGACUACAGCCCCACUGGCGACCACCGGACCCAUUUCACGGGUUUCAUGUUGGAGGAGGAAAUUGUGUCGUCCCUCUGAGGUUCAACUUCAUCGUCGACACGAAACAUUUUCGAAUAUUUUUGUUUAAUGUCGACACGAAAUUUUGGUGAUGGGGGAAAUUUCAAGGGGAAAGGGAAGAAAAUUCGAUCGACUCUAAUUCAUUAAGGGGUAGGAAUUUCUGUACAAAAAUUUUGAUUGUGGAUGCAAAUACACAAGUGAAUACGCACA